AUGGAGGACGAGUCGGUGACUUCGGAGACCUUCGCAUCGCAGCUCACCGAGUGGUUAGCAGAGCGCUUCAAAGAAGAACGCUCUGCAGCUGAAAGGAGACAUGAGGCUGUGCUUGCCGACUUGCAGAGUAUCCUGGGAGGGGCCCCACCUAACGGGAGCUUCAAUGGGAGUGGGAGGAGCUCACAGCUGUCACAGCUAGGGACUGUGGCCGAAGAUGAAAGCGUGCCUCCACCCUAUGUGAGAACAAGGCUCAAAAUGAAGAGGUCGCUUGCAAAGUGGAACCUGAAGCAUGCCGGGACGCAUGGCACACUCGGCAGCUUCGCUAGCUUGGCGAGCAGCCAGAGGGCUCAUCAGAGUCCCCUCUCCCUCAAGGACUCCCUGAGCGUCAAGGCAGUGGCUGGCCUUCCUUUCUGGCAUCCGACCAGGAUGGUACGCUCAUACGCCUUUGAGCUGUUCUUCUCCUUCCUUAUCCUACUGCAGGCAGUGACAAUGGCAGUGGAGGUGCAGUUCACAGGCCUAGACUGGGGGUACCAGCUGGGUUACGAAGGCUACGAUCGUCCAGCAGCGGAGGUAUGGACCAGUGUGCCAGCAGUUGUUCAAGGGAUCGACGUGUUCUUCGGCGUGUUGUUCACCAUCGAGGUCGUGCUGAAAUCUGCUGUUCUCCGUCGCGCUUACGUUCUGGACCCAUGGUCUUGGUUUGACAUGGUCUUGGUUGCUCUUUGGUGCAUGGAUACAGGCUUGUCGUUGCUGCCGCUUGAUAGCCACACGCUUCGAUUGCUGCGGCUGGUCCGGCUCAUACGGCUCGUGAAGCUGGUCAGAGCAGUUCAAGGCUUCGACUCCCUUAUCAUCAUGACGACUGCCUUGAGAGACAGUGUCAAUGCUCUCUUCUGGGUCGCGAUGAUCAUGCUUGUUGUCGAGAUGAUGUUUGCCCUGCUCUUGAACCAAGUGCUCAUGAGCCUUGUCCGAGGAGCAGGCUUAGGUCUGACAGCUGCAGAAGAAAGAACUUUGUUUGAGUAUUUUGGAACCUUCCCCAGAGCCAUGCUGACCAUGUUCCAGUUCACGCUGGGGACUUGGGUCCCCGUGGCCCGCAUUCUGCAGGAGGUCGUGAGCCCAUAUUUCAACAUCUUUUCAAUCUUGCACAAGGUUACCGUUGGCUUUGCAUGCAUCGGCGUGAUCAACGGUGUGUUCAUGCAGGAAACUCUCAAAGUCGCGCAGUCCGACGACGUCAUCAUGAUGCGAGACGUGGCAAGACGAGAGAAGAUCCAUGCAUCAAAGAUGAAGGAUUUCUUUCGCUAUGCGGACCAUUCAAAGGACUAUGUCAUAACCCGCGAGGAAUGGCAACGUGUCAUGGAAGGUACUCAUGCUCAGCAUUGGUUUGAGGCUCAAGGCCUCAAUGUCGAAGAUGCCAACACAGUCUUCAGCCUCAUUGACAGGGACAACAGCCAGACCAUUACGAUGCACGAGCUCAUCAAGGGCGUGAACCAGCUGAAAGGGCCUGCAAGGAGCCUUGACCUGGUCAUGAUGACAGAGCGGCACAAUCAGCUCAUGGAUCAGAUGACAGACUUGCUGGAGAGGUGGGGCGGCGGCAGCCCGAAAGCCUCCAACUUUUUUGCCACACCAUCCUCAAGUCCGGGAGGAACCCAAAACUUUCAGGAGAAAUUUCAGAGCUCCUCGAGCCCUCGAGGGAGCCGGGACUUUCAAGGCAAGUAUCAGAGCAGUCCCAGCCCUGGAGGCCGGGACUUGCAGGAAGAAGAGAGGAAUCCGAAUGAAAUCGGCCUUUCGGUGUGA